AAAGAAAACAAUGUAAAAGCAGGAAACAGAGAUGUAGAUUCACAUAACUAGUGUUGACUUUGACACGUUGCUUUAUUAAACCGUUAGAAAUCAAAUAGAAAAUGGGACUAACAUUUAAUGUUUUCUUCGUCACUUUCAUAAUUAUUGGUACAUCUGCUAUUUUUACAGAAGCCAAACAAUCUUCUCACUGUCUUCGUGGAAUCACAGUUAAAGAUAUACUCAUGCUUGCUGGAAUCAAGGGAGCGGAUUUACUCUCCUACGUCGCCAAGAUGAAGGCAGAAAAUAUUGAUCAAGCUGUCCUCUCAAGUCUAACGUAUAAACAACUUGGUAAAAUUGGUAUAUCAAAGAUUGGAGAUCGUCACAAGUUGCACAAAUUCCUUUCAAAGGAUGGAAAUGACUGCAACAACUCCGUGUGUAAAAACAAGGGUAUUUGCCGAGAUGGUUUUCGAUGUUUUUCAUGCAUUUGUGAUCCAACAAGUGGGUAUUAUGGUCUGACUUGCCAACGAAAAUGUCCAUGUUUAAAUGGAGGUGUUUGCAAGACAGUUCCUACAGGUUUCAAAUGUGUCUGCCCGCCUGGCUACUCUGGUGAUCUAUGUAAGGUGAAAUAUUUAACUGAAAAACGACUUCUUCAACUGGAGAAUUCAUUGACGCAGUUAAGCUCGAAGUUGAAACAAACAGAAAAGGAAGUUGAAACUCUGAAGCAAAAAGAUAGAGGAACAUGGAGAUUACACCGAACAAAUGAAAUUUUGAAUCAACUGGAGAAGUUACAAUUGAACAAUGCUCAACGAACCUACACGCAAAAAAUCCCCAUCAUUCUUCCCUCCAAAACUCGAGCUAUCAUCAUUUCCGUUUACUGCUAUUACUGGAACAAAAAUGGAGAUACAUUCAUGGACUAUGUAACCCAUCAAAAAGGAAAUGAUGACAGGUCGGCUAGAGCUGAAGGGAACAACAGACAUAAUAACGUUCACGGAAACGCUUUCACCUAUGAACAAAUGAUUCCCUGGAACACAACUCUCCCAAAUGAGCUGAUUUUUAAAGUAACAUACUCCCUCAAUAAAGGUGGAGUUUACAGUUGGUAUCGCAUUCGUUUGGUCGGCUAUGUGACUGAUUAACUAAGUCUGACAUUUCUGAGUAACUUUUUGUAAAAGACUUAAAAACACUGUAACAGCAAACUUGGGAGAAAUGGCAGUUUUAAUAAUGUAAGAAAUAAAUGUAUCAAUUUGUGAAAUAAUACAAUGCUGCUGCCUGAAACUUUUCACGAAAGUACUCGUCGGAAAUGUCAAUGUUUUUGUACCUCGCAAUGAUUGAGGGUGGUUAGAAUAAUUAUUUGCAAAAACUUAAGUCAGAUCACACUGUAAUUUGUAGUCUGUAAAGUAUAGCAAUACCAUUUUCGAAGUUAAAGGCAUUGUCAGGCAACCACCAACUGCAAUGUCCAAAGAUUCUGCUUUCAAUACAUAUUAAUGAAAAAUUUAAGCAAGAAA